AUGACCACUGUGGAUGAAAACCAGCUGCAAGACUUCAACUGGGUCCCUGGGAUUAGGAACAGAAGUCUCAAACUCAAAGGGGGCCCUGACACUGGUAAGGUUUGGGUGAAAGACCUCUUAGUGGAAGGUGCUGGCUGGAAUGAGCAACUACUCAGAGAUAAGAUGGAAGAGGAAGACUGCUCUGAAAUUCUGAAAAUAAUUCCAACUUUUGAUGCUCAAAUGGAUGACAAAUGGUGCUGGAAUAUGGGAACUCGAGAAUCUGCGGAGAAAGUAACUUCAUUGACAAUGGCGUUCAGGUCGCGUGAAAUGAUGAAGAAGAUUGUGAAGAAAAUCGGCGGCGAACAGAAUCUAGCGCCUGCAGUGAAAGAGCAGUUGAAAAAAUCGGUGCCUGAUAGAAAGGUCGUGAUGGGCCGAGCUCACCGUGGGCUUUUCGCGGGCCGACAUAUCCAGUUCGGGAAUCGCGUCAGUGAAGACGGCGGCAACAAGACUAGGAGAAGCUGGAAACCUAACGUGCAAGAAAAGCGGCUUUUCAGCUAUAUAUUGGACAGGCACAUCCGUGUUAAGGUAACAACCCACGCGCUACGCUGCAUAGACAAGGCGGGUGGGAUAGACGAGUAUUUACUAAAAACACCCUACCAUAAGAUGGACACUGAGAUGGGCCUCUUCUGGAAAACAAAGAUCGAGAAGAUGUACCAAGAGCUUGGCGAGAUGGAGGUUGUCUUCUUUUCACCUGAGGACGAGGAUAAUUUCGAGAAGCAAUUUGAAGAGCUCAAGUUGGAGAAGAAGGCUGCACGUAGGGAGGCCAGGAGAAAGAUGUACGGUUCGAGUUAUAAGCAUGAGGUGGCUGAGGACGGAGGGGAAUCGGGGGAAGGUGGUGAGGAAGUUUCAAGAAGUGAGGGAAGAGGUGGGUCUCAUCCUGAGUUUGAUGAAGAACAGACAGUGGCUAAUGCUUGA